AGUAAUGAGUCGUUCUUAACGUCACGAGCUUUCGCCAAGGUAUUUGUCGAUAAUAAGUCGCGGGAAAUGGGAGUCGUCAGGCGGCAAGUGCUGAUUCCGCCGAAAAGUCUCAGUCUUAUAAAUACUCCAAGAAUACGUUAUCUACGUCACGUGCAGGUCGAUUGAAAACCACGGGGCGAGAACUGUAUAUUGAAAGAUGGUCUACUCAAUCCACGAGAAUAACGCUACUGGAAUUGACAGCAUCAACCGUAGUUUUUUGUGACUCAACGAUGUGAUUUUUGGGUUUACUGUUUUUGUGGCUACCAUUUGCCAUCACAGCACACGCAGCAUACGAGCCAUACAUAGUUUGCAGUGAGUUAAUCACCGAUUCGUUAUUCUCUCAACGCGUCACGAAACUUGAUAUCACUAGUCACCGGUCGAAUGUUAUUUCACAGUUUAUCAAGCUACAACGGCUGCAUUGUCAACUAUCAGAGUGUGGUUAUGUACAGAGGAGCAGGAAGUUCAUAUAAAUAGUGCGAAUUUUUCGGUGAAGAAAUACUAAAAUGAUGUUGUUACUCAAAUACAGGGGAAAUUAUAAAUUUUUUGGAGGAGGUUCGUCGUGACCCAGUCUCCCCUAUUUGAUAUUGUCCGAUAUGUAGAGUCGAAGAAGAACGCAUUACCUCGAGGCGGCCGAAGCUUCACUCUAAAGUCCAAAAAUGGAAGUGAUGACCUCGACACGUUCACAGAGGUAAUGGUGGGCAAUGCUGCGGACUUGCUGGCCAAAAUGGACUUGAACAAGUCGACCGUUGUGUUUAUCUUCGGUUGGUUCGGAACUACAAAUUGGAAAAACUCCCAAGCCGUAGUCACUGCAUAUCUCGAACGACGGGAUCACAAUGUUCUGAUGUUAAACUGGGCGAACAUCGCUGACAAAGAAUACCUCUACGCUGCUCGAAGCCUUUCUGGUGUCGGCUACACUUUGGCCACAGCCCUCAAUGAGUGGGUGACGGCCGGUCUGAACUCGUCCUCUAUUCACCUGGUAGGCCAUUCGUUGGGAGCCCACGUCUGUGGGUAUGCUGGACGAUACGUGAAUUUCACUCUGCCUCGAAUCGUAGGUUUAGAACCCGCGGGACCACUUUUCUAUACCGUCUUGGAGCGUCUGAAGCCCAGCGAUGCUGAAUUCGUCGAAGUUAUCCAUACGGAUGCGGGAGUACUUGGUAUGGACUUGGAAGUGGGGCAUGUCGACUUUUAUCCCAAUGGCGGUACCAGCUCACAGCCUGGAUGUUUGAUAGCUUAUACCUGCAGUCAUGUCAGAUCCUGUCUUUUCUAUGCCGAAUCAGUGCGAAAUGAGGACGCAUUUAUCGGUCGCGCCUGUGAUUCAAAUUCGAAAUUCAAGAUAGGUUCAUGCAAUUUCAAUGGUUUAUCGGUAAUGGGUUACGCCACACCGACCACCACAAGGGGCAAGUUUUACCUUCAGACGAACUUUGCUUCCCCCUACGGUCUAGGCGUGGAGGGUACGACGUACGAUGAUUCGUCGAAUCUACUAGUAUCAACUAUUCAAAGUCUGAUGGAGGUGGCGGCAUCCAAAGAUUUGAUCGAGGUUGUUUCUGUUCCUUCGACUCAACGAUCAUAGUCUAAUUUAAACAGUUGCAAAAAUAUUAUAUCAAACAGAAAUACUCUGUCGAAGAUUCUAAUCGACUUAGUACAAUUAUAAUUUCCUCCAAUUCCCAUUCCCCUCGUGAAUGUACAAACUGUCUGAAACUGCGAUGGAGUACUUAUUAAAAUGCGGCUAUAACUCGCCGUCACAUACGUGCGAUUUUGCACACUAUUUGAUAUACCGCAGGGAACCCGAUAAAACCACUGCACGAGCAUGUCGUUAAGUUGACACCGAGUAAUUUGCCUGCUAAUUACGUGGCGCAGAUACGCUCGGGUUGAUACACGACUCGACGUUGGUCAGUUAAACCGCAGGUGCAAAUCUUGACUUGCCACUUGGUGGAUUGCAGCGGCCAGCUGAUAACUAACAAUUAAACAACAACGAACUGAGCAACGAUGAUGGGUUGUGUAUCGUUUUCCGUCUCAAAAUUGCAAUUCAACUCUGCAUUUAGUUUGACGAACGAUUUUGCAAGUUCAAAAUGAAUUCAAAGUAAUUCACGUAAAACGACACGUGGUCAUAACGUUACAGGAGAAAGUAGGGUAUGUUGGAACUAUAGUUUAGGUUACUACAGGUUCUACAGAAAGUGAAUUUCUCGCCCUACACUUUCCUAUUGAAAAGUCCAAUGUAUUUGAUGGUUUAACAUACCCCACUUUCCCCUAUCUUUGAUUGAUUUUCUAAUCACGGAAAGCAGAAAGAGAUGUAAUAAUUCGAUUUUGCAGGUCAAUUUCAUUCUUGUGAGUUUAUGUAAAUGGCGGUAUUAAAACUGACCAAAAUUGGCCGAUACGGACUGCUGAAGAACAGUUGUCACGAUCAAUUAGGAAAUUCUCAAUUUGCGAUUGUGUUAGAUUUACAUAAAGUAGACACCAAAUAUGGCCUGGGGAAGUUCAUACCAGAAUAUUUUUCUGCAGUAUGGGGCGGUUGUUGGAGUUAUUUUUUCAAAUAUCUAGUCUGAAAUUGAUUGAUAGUUUAUAAUUGGCAACGUUACAAGAUAAUCAUGCGGAAAGGAAAAGAUUGAUCGAUUUAUCAGAUGAGUAAUUAAUUAUUGAUUGAGUAACACCUUGCACACGAUGUUAUGUUAUGGGUGUUCUGGUGAAAUUGUCGGCGAGGCAUCCUAAAUUGAUAGUGAAAUUCGAUUCAAGGGAGCUAAAUGUUUACGAUAUCCAUGACUUUUACGAAAUUCAUGAUCAAAAAAAGACUGCGUCAUUCAGCCGUUGAAAUAUGAUACAAUUUUUUAAAGAGGUUUCAGAGCAAUCGUGCAAUAAUUGAGACAGAAGAAAAGUCGACUAAUCAUAGUUGAUAGGAACUGUAAAAUGCAGAUUAAACAAACGAAUAAAUAAAUAAAUCUUCUGUGAAACGUUCAAGUUUAAACUCUAAGCAGCGGAUUUGUUAGAUUUCUAUACGAGGUUUAAAAUAGAAAAGACUAACGCAUUUC